ACGUGAUGAGCUAGAGAAGGUAAGGAACAGCCAAGUCCAACCUUCGAAUGGAGAAGCUGUGAAGGAAAAUGAAUCUUCUCACCAACGUUUAACAUCUGAGCCCAUUGUACUCUCUCUAUCUAAUUUGCCACCUCAAACUGUGGCAACUUCUAAUGUAAAGAGUACACUACUGGAUCAGAGAAAUUUCAAUAGGUGCUGCAACACAGAAGAUCAGCAAUUGAGUGUUUCACCUUUGGAGAACUAUUCUUCACGUAAUGCAGACUUAGCCUCCAUUACUAUGGCAAACAAGGAGCCGGAGUUGUAUAGAAAUGGUUGUACGCAGAGAAUUCGUGCAUCUGAAGGAAAUGCGUUUGCUAGCAAAUUGCCUCCUUCAGAUGUAGAAGUGGAGCAGCAAUCACUCGUAAAGAAUGAGGUUAUUGUCAAAGCAAGUAAUGGGGAUGAAGGUAAAUGUACUGAAACUUCUCCUAAGACUAAGAACGUGAGGAAAAUGAACUUUUCAGGGGAAGAAGUAAGAAACCAUGUCAAGGUUUGCUCAUCAAGACAGAAAAGGGGGAGGUUUGCAAAAGCCAAAGCUAAGCGCAAGUCUUGUCCCAUUGUCAGAAAACCUUAUCAACCACCUUCUAUAGUUUCUCGUCGUAAGAUAAACUCAGUAAAUGGCACUGUUAAAUCUGAUCAACAUUUGUGCACCUCACCCCCUGUCAAGCCUAGCAAUCAGGAUAUGAAGAAGAAUCCCAUUGAGCUGGAAGAAGAAUUGCUGGAAACAAAUGACUGCCUUACUGCUGAAAUGAUUGUUCCUGAAGGGAAAAGACCAAGAACAGAACGAAUUACAACUUCUGGCUCUUCCUCGACCUCGUCCCCUUCGAUUCAACACUCUGAAAUUUGUCAAAAACCUUUUGUUCUCACUCCUUGCAAGAAUUACUCAUUUUUGCUCCAUGGUAAUGUUAAAUCUGACGAAGACCAGUCAAAGAUAACUGAAAAUGAUGUCAAGCUGAAGCCACUACCUAGCUUGGGUCCCGUUUUAACACCAAUUAGAGUUGAUUUGGAUUCAAUAUGUGGCUCUACAAAUGUUGAAGUUAGUGUAAAGGCACUCUGUGGAUCCGUUGAGGAAACUGACGCAGACAAGGACAUGGAGUUUGUAGAUGAAUUGGAAAAAGAAGAACUCGAUUCUAACCAGAGUCCUAUAGUUCCAAGUUAUGAAUCAAAUGCUCAGAUGAUCAAUGUACCAAUUGUAUUUUCUAAUUUGAAAGAUGCCAAAACAUCCGAAGAAAUUACUGUUAGUGUACCGCCGGUGCCCUCUGAUAUAAAAGUUGCCAAAUCAUCCUUGGAAUCUAAUGUGUUUCCGAGUCAAUCAGACAAUAGGCUUCUUAAAUACACCUUUCAGAGGAAGCACAAGAAGGAAGCUGUGAGCAGCUCUGAUAACAACGCUUCUGGCGAGAAGAACAAAUUAAAAAGGAAAGCAGAGGAAAAGCUGGAAGAUUAACCAGAGCCACAUAAAUCUAGCUUGAUAAAUGAGUCAUCUAGGGACAUUAGCUCAAGCUGCUCGUUAGGAUAACAUGCUGCCUUUGUCAUUCAGUGCAAAUUCCGUGAUUCCAUAUUCAUGACGAUUUCAUAUCUCAGUCAGUGGGAACUGAAAGCAUGUAAAUUUUAGUGGAUGAUCUUAGUUAUGUGCAGGGAAAUUGAAAUCUGAUGGGACUAAUUUCUACUAAUGUUUAUGGCUGAGGACACUGCAUAUACAUGUUUUGCCUAAA